GGUCACCCCACCCCUUCCCAUCUUCAGGCCCAGGGCGGCUCAGCCAAGCUGCUUUCUGACUCAGACCAUCAGGGAAAGCGGAGAAAGCUGGAAGAUGAGCAGGGCAGGCGUGGUGGCGCACGCCUGUCAUCCCAGCACUCAGGAGGCUGAGGCAGGAAGAUUGCUGUGAGUCCGAAGUCAGCUUCAACUACAUAGUGAGACGUCCGCUCAAAGCUUUCAACAUGGUGAGGAACAGGCACAAACUCCAGGCGGCCAGCAGCCACAGGAAGUGAUCCGCCCGCCCUCCCCUGCCCACCAUGGCAUUUGGAAACAGCCGCCAUUGCAUCAGACGGUCCGCUUUUGAAUUGAAGCUCUCCCCAGCACGACAUGACCCCGGCAAGCGGCUCAAUCUCUUGGAGUCUCCAUUUCCUUGUCCUCAAGCGGGGACAAUACUGCAGCCGCCGGUUAUUGUGAUGAUGAAGUAAGGAAACGCAAGAAGCACCAGCCGGGAGCCAGGACAUAGGGGGGCACUUGUUUCACUCAACGACAAACACAAAGCCGGAACCGGGCGUGGCGGCGCAGCCUGGAAUCCCAGCGACUCAGGAGGCUGAGGCAGGAGGAUCACUCUGAGGUCAAGCUGCCACCUCGCUGCCCUGAGACUGGACUCUCUCAGCUUGGCCACGGGCAGGGACAGCCCGGAGGUGCGUGACCCUUGUGUCUCUGGGACACUCAAGUUCCAGAUUCUUCCCUGGCACCAGGGCACGGAGCAUUGCCCCCGCUGGUCGGACAACAAACUCCCAGCUCGGAGGAAACUCAGGGAUCAAGAGGGCGAGCUCAGGAGAGCCCCGAGUUCAAACCCUGAUUUUGGUGCUGUGCAAGCCCCACGAUGAUAGCUUGGCCUCUCUGGGCCGCUGUCUUUCCUGUUUGCUGUGAGAGAGCAGCCUGGAGAUCUUGCCUCUCUGCUCUCUAACUCUUCGGCGACCACCAAAGGGUCGGAUCACUCAGGACAAAGCUACGGGAGGAGCUGACGACAGAAACCAGAGCCCCUAGAGCUGGUGCCCAGGUGACCCGGUGACCAUGAGUGCGUGUCUGCCAGUCACCAGCCUGCGAUGCCUGACCAGGGUGUGCCGUGGCCUGGCGCGGUUGGCUGCUACCUCCCCUCGCCCUCCUGCUGGCCGCUUGCUUCGGACUCUGGCAGCCCCACCCGCUGCCCCGCUCCUCCAGGGGAACUGGUCGUGGACGUGCCAGCGCCCCUGGCCGUGGCCUGCUAACCAGCUCCUUCGCGGCCGCCUUCCGCCGCGCCCCCUCUCGCUUGUCCCCUCCUCCUCCCCCUGUCCCCCCUGCUCCCAGGACGGCAGGAUGGCCGCACAGGGCGCGCCGCGCUUCCUCCUGACCUUUGACUUCGACGAGACCAUCGUGGACGAGAACAGCGACGACUCGAUCGUGCGCGCCGCGCCGGGCCAGCAGCUGCCCGAGAGCCUGCGCGCCACCUACCGCGAGGGCUUCUACCACGAGUACAUGCAGCGCGUGUUCCAGUACCUGGGCGAGCAGGGCGUGCGGCCGCGGGACCUGCGCGCCGUCUACGAGGCCAUCCCGCUGUCGCCGGGCAUGGGCGACCUGCUGCAGUUCGUGGCCAAGCAGGGCUCCUGCUUCGAGGUCAUCCUCAUCUCCGACGCCAACACCUUCGGCGUGGAGAGCAGGCUGCGCGCCGCCGGCCACCACGGCCUGUUCCGCCGCAUCCUGAGCAACCCGUCGGGGCCCGACGCGCGGGGACAGCUGGCCCUGCGCCCCUUCCACACGCACGGCUGCGGGCGCUGCCCCGCCAACAUGUGCAAGCACAAGGCGCUCGGCGACUACCUGCGCGAGCGCGCGCGCGACGGCGUGCACUUCGAGCGCCUCUUCUACGUGGGCGACGGCGCCAACGACUUCUGCCCCGUGGGGCUGCUGGCGGGCGGCGACGUGGCCUUCCCGCGCCGCGGCUACCCCAUGCACCGGCUCAUCCAGGAGGCGCAGAAGGCCGAGCCCAGCUCCGUCCGCGCCUGCGUGGUGCCCUGGGACACGGCCGCCGACGUGCGCCUGCAUCUGCAGCAGGUGCUCAAGGCGUGCUGAGCCGGCCGGCCGGCAGGGGGCGCGCGCGGGAGGGCUGGCCUGGAAGGACAGCGGGUCCUACCCCCGGCUGUCGCCUUCCUCGUCCGCGCCGCCGCGGCCCUCUGGGGGUGGGGAGCGGGGCCGGAGCCCUCUCUAUCUAUGCAGUUACCCCAGCCCGGAUGCCUCGCCCUGUUCCAUGCCAGUCGGUUCCGGAGUCUGGUCCCGGGAGAGGCAUUUCCAAAGCACCUUGUCUUCCGAACUGGGAGGAGGGGCCGAGAACGGCGUCUCCCUUCUCACAUAGCUUUAACUGCGGGGUGCGAUGGCGCAGGCCAAUCGUCCUGGCUUUCGGGAGGCUGAGACAGGAGGAUCUCUGCGAGCUCAAGGGCUGAGCUGCAGAGCUUUUUGCUUUAGUUGCUGCCUUGGGCCUGCAAAACGUCUCUUAUCUCAAGAGGACCUCAGGACCCCCAAAUCUUCGAGGCCCCUUCAAUCCUGCUUCAGCCAACCCUGCACAAUUUCUGUGCUUGCUAUGCCUUCUUGCCUUCCUCCCUCCACCCCAGCCCCCGCCAGAGGAAAUAAAGCCUGGGGACACCGUCGCCCCCUGGUGGUGGCACGAGGGAGCGCAGGGCCGGGCGGGGACCUCCCACCGUGAGCUAUGCCCCAGGAGCCCCGGACCGCACCAAAGCCGCCCUCUUCCCAUGGGAGCAGAAGCCAUGAUGUUUCCGAGUGGAGCCGGGGGCCCGCCCGCCCAUCCGCUGUGUCCGAGCUAAUAAAGGUGGUGACAGGGACCGA